AAUCGGAUGUGGUAGGUAGCCGCACGCAAAUGACGCGAACAAAAAAACAAAAAUCUUGAAAUUACUUAAAAUGAAGCAAAUUAAAGUGUGAGAGGAGACAAAAAUUGAGGACGAUUUGCCCCAAAAGUGAGCUCCUCUUCUUCCAUUUCAUCCAUCGCAGUCUGUUUGUUGAUAUGAGGGUACAACUGUGAUUGAAGAGGAUAGUUAGAGGAAGCUAUCCAUGGGGGCUAUUUUGAGUUUGAACAAUUCUAGGACUAGGGAGAGUGGACCUCAUGGGGUUUCACAGAGUGAAACACGCAAGAGGCAGAGGUUGUCUUCAUGCCUUUAUGAGGAAAACCCGAGAUUGAUUCCCAGUCUUCCUGACGAGAUAUCUAUUCAGAUUCUUGCCAGAAUACCUAGGAUCCACUAUUUGAAAUUGAAGAUGGUGUCACGUACAUGGAAAACCACCGUUAUGACCGCCGAACUUUUCAAUUUGAGAAAAGAACUAGGAACAACAGAGGAAUGGCUCUAUGUAUUAACAAAGGUUGAAAGUGAUAAGCUCAUAUGGUAUGCUCUGGACCCUCUGGCCGCAAAAUGGCAAAGGUUGCCACCAAUGCCUAGUGUUUGUCCUGAAGAUGAAUCUAGGAGGGCUUUAACUGCUCGUAGAAUGUGGAAAAUGGUAGGUUCAAGUAUCAGACUUGCGGAUGUCAUCAUGGGCUGGCUUGGUCGGAAGGAUGCACUGGAUCGAAUGCCUUUUUGUGGUUGUGCCGUUGGUGCUGUUAAUGGCUGCCUCUAUGUCCUAGGUGGAUUUUCAAGGGCUACAGCCCUAUCAUGUGCCUGGCGGUAUAAUCCAGUUAUAAACUGUUGGAGUGAAUCAACUCCAAUGUCAAUGGGUAGAGCGUAUUGUAAGACAGGCAUUUUAAACAAUAAACUUUAUGUUGUUGGAGGGGUUACUAGAGGACGUGGUGGAUUGGCCCCUCUUCAAUCAGCUGAAGUAUUUGAUCCAAAAACAGGUUUAUGGUCCCAAAUACCAAGCAUGCCCUUUGCCAAAGCUCAGGUGUUACCAACUGCAUUUUUGGCUGAUCUGCUCAAGCCUAUUGCUACCGGGAUGACUUCAUACAAGGGUAGAUUGUUUGUUCCACAAAGUUUAUACUGCUGGCCGUUUUUUGUUGAUGUUGGAGGUGAGGUUUAUGAUCCAGAGGUGAAUUCAUGGGGUGAUAUGCCAACUGGCAUGGGGGAGGGUUGGCCUGCAAGGCAAGCAGGGACGAAAAUGAGUGUCACAGUCGAUGGUGAAUUGUAUGCACUGGAUCCUUCUAGUUCUCUUGACAAUGCCAAGAUCAAGUUAUACGAUUACCAAGAUGAUGCUUGGAAUGUUGUUGCAGAAGAUGUUCCAAUUCGGGACUUUACUGAAUCAGAGUCUCCCUAUUUACUUGCUGGUUUCCUUGGGAAGCUUCAUGUGAUCACGAAGGAUGCCAAUAACAAUGUUGCAGUUCUGCAGGCUUAUGUGCCGAACCGUCAUGCUUCCACCUCAGCAGCUUCAUCCUCAUCACCAGAUGAUGCCUCUGAAAUUUCUGAACCACAAGCAGAGUCAGAAGUAGAUCUUUGGAAGGUAAUUGCCACAAGGAGUGCACGGACUGCUGAACUGGUUAGCUGUCUCGUCCUUGAUCUGUGAAGAUUUUCACUUUACUUAAGAUAUAGCGUACAGAUCCUACAGUUAAAAAAGUGUUGGUUGGUGUGAUUGCUUUUUGGUACCCUAAAUUAUUAGCUGUGCAUUGUGAUAGUCAUUUACUGUAUGUAAUUACUCACCUUUACUCACCUUUGUGAUUGAGGAGAAGCAAAAUCACAAGGUUCAGGAUAUAUUAUGAGACUAAGUUAUUCUCCGUCUCCAAAAUCAUAACAUUCAGGAUAUAUUAUGAGACUAAGGUUUCAGCUCAAGCUGCUAGCUGGGUGGUGUAUCUUCCUUUUUCCACGUCUCCUUUUUAUUAUUUUGUAUUUGAUUUCCCCACUUCUAUAGUUAACUCGAUUAUGUAUGGCUUGCAUAAAUACAUGUUAUUUCUUUUA